AUGAGACCUGAGAACCAGAGCAGCAUGUCCAGGUUCCUCCUCCUGGGGCUCCCUACUCAGCCAGAGCAGCAGGGUGUGUUCUUCGCCCUGUUCCUGAGCGUGUACCUGACCACGGUGGGCAACCUGCUCGUCCUCCUGCUCAUCAGGCUGGACCCUCGCCUCCACACCCCCAUGUACUUCUUCCUCAGCCACUUGGCUCUCACUGACGUCUCCUUCUCAUCUGUCACCCUCCUUAAGAUGCUCAUGAACAUCCAGACUCGAUGCCAAGCUAUCACAUAUGCAGGGUGCAUUUCACAGGUGUAUUGCUUUAUAUUCUUCGGUUGCCUUGACAGCUUUCUUCUUGCCGUGAUGGCCUAUGACAGGUACGUGGCUGUGUGUCACCCUCUCCACUACACUGCCAUCAUGAGGGAUGGGCUUUGUGUCAUCCUAGUGGCUGGGUGCUGGCUCGCCGCUUGUGCCCAGGCUCUGUUGCACACCCUUCUUGUGGACCAGGUCUUUUCCAAUGAAAACCAGACGGGCACGUAUGAAUUUCUUCUCAUGGGCCUCUCUGAGCACCCAGAGCAGCAGCCUCUCCUGUUUGGGCUCUUCCUGGGCAUGUACCUGGUCACCGUCUGGGGGAACCUGCUUAUCAUCCUGGCCAUUGGCUCUGAUGUGCACCUCCACACCCCCAUGUACCUCUUCCUGGCCAACCUGUCCUUCUCUGACAUUGGUUUUAUCUCUACAGUCAUUCCCAAGAUGCUCAAUAAUAUUGGCUCAGGAAGUAGAUGGAUUUCUUAUGGUGGGUGCCUGACACAACUCUAUUUCUUUGGCCUGUUUGCAGAUCUGGACAACUUUCUCCUGGCUGUGAUGGCACUGGAUCGCUAUGUAGCCAUCAGCCAACCUCUCCAUUAUGCCAUUACCAUGAACUCCCAACGCUGCGUCCUGUUGGUGGCUGGGUCGUGGGUGGUCACUACCUUCCAUGCCCUAGUGCACACCCUCCUGGUGACCAGGCUUUCCUUCUGCGGCCCCAAUGUCAUCCCCCACUUCUUCUGUGAUCUGGUCCCACUCCUAAAGCUGGCCUGCUCCAGUACUUAUGUCAAUGACCUGGUGCUCAUCCUUGUGGCAGGAACACUGUUAAUUGGACCCUUUGUCUGCAUCCUUACGUCUUACUUUUACAUUGCAUUGGCUAUCCUAGGAAUCUAUUCCCCAAAGGGUAAGCAAAAGGCCUUUUCCAAUUGCACCUCACACCUCUCUGUGGUCUCUCUGUUUUACACCACAGCUAUUGGGGUCUAUUUAUGCCCUCCAUCAUUCCCUUCAGGUGGAAAGGACCGAGUCUUCUCAGUAAUGUACACGGUGGUGACCCCUAUGUUGAACCCCUUCAUCUAUAGCCUGAGAAACAGGGAUAUAAAGGGGGCACUGGGGAAAAUACUCAAAAGAAACAUGUUUAACACUCUUUCUUGGGACUGA